UGUGGGACCGGGUGACACUGACCUGCCAGGGCUCGGGGACAGCCGGUGCCAUCACCUGGUACAGGAACGACUGGCACUGGAGGCAGCAGGGAGGUGACCACCUCAUUGUCACCAUGAAAGGCACCUACACCUGUGACAGACCCGACACCGGGCGCAGCCCCCCCGUGACAGUCUCAAGCGAUCUGCUGGUGCUGCAGGUGCCAGCGCGGGCACUGCUGGAGGGGGACACGGUGACACUGCGCUGCCGGGGCUCUUGGAACAGAACGGUCAAAUUUGUGCUCUUCUACCAUGAGGGGAAGGAACUGGGGGGGCUCCGCGAUGGCACCGAGCUGUCCCUGUCCCCUCUGCAGCUGAGCCACCGCGGCCGCUACCGCUGCAGGGGCUUGGUGGGACCCUGGGGGUCAGAGAAGUUUCGGGAGUCAGCAGCAGUGACAAUGACAGUGCACGAGCUCUUCUCGGUGCCAGUGCUGGAGGGUCCCCCCGAGCUCAUCGAGGGGUCCCCCCUGACUCUCAGCUGCCUCAGCACCCCCAGCGCCCUGCGGCCCCACGCCCCCCUCCUGCACGUGUUCUACCAGGACGGGCAGGUGGUGGGGGGCCCGCAGGGGUCCCCGCAGCUGCUGCUGCCCACCGUGGGGGUCUCCCACUCGGGGCAUUACAGCUGCGAGGUGCGCUCCGAGGGGGGGAACGUGAGGAAGAGCAGCGCCCGGCUCCGCGUCACGGUGCGCAGGAUCCCACCCUCGGGGGUGUCCCUGUCGGUGCAGCCCCCCGGGGGACAGGUGGCACUGGGGCACCGCCUGCUGCUGAGCUGCACGGUGGCCAUGGGGACAGGUCCCCUGUCCUUCUCCUGGCACCGGAAGGGCUCAGGCGCACUGCUGGGCACCGGCCACCAACUGGAGCUGCCCCACGUUGGGGACAAUGCCAGCGGGCAGUACCGGUGCCGGGUCAGCGACGGGGACAGCGUGGCCGAGAGUGACCCCCUGAAUGUCACCGUCCUGGGUGCACGCAGGUGA